CCGGCGCCGGGCCCUCCCUUCCACCCCCCCUUUCUCCUCCCUCCUUCCUUCCCUCCCUUCCUCCCUCUCUCCCUCCCUCCCAGCUCCUGCACCAGGAAACGGCCGGGAUCCCGGCAGCGGCCUGACCCGGCUCCACGCUGGCCAGGAGGAUGAAAGGCCCCAGCUGGGGGCUCCUUGCCACCAGUGCUGGGUCCUAAGAGCUGCCAUCCAGGCUGGCCGCCCGGAUGGCGACCCCAGCCUCGGCCCCAGACACACGGGCUCUAGUGGCAGACUUUGUAGGCUAUAAGCUGAGGCAGAAGGGUUAUGUUUGUGGAGCUGGGCCCGGGGAGGGCCCAGCAGCUGACCCGCUGCAUCAAGCCAUGCGGGCAGCUGGAGAUGAGUUCGAGACCCGCUUCCGUCGCACCUUCUCUGAUCUGGCGGCUCAGCUGCAUGUGACCCCAGGCUCAGCUCAGCAACGCUUCACCCAGGUCUCUGAUGAACUCUUCCAAGGGGGUCCCAACUGGGGCCGCCUUGUGGCCUUCUUUGUCUUUGGAGCUGCACUGUGUGCUGAGAGUGUCAACAAGGAGAUGGAGCCACUUGUGGGACAAGUGCAGGAGUGGAUGGUGGCCUACCUGGAGACACGGCUAGCUGACUGGAUCCAUAGCAGUGGGGGCUGGGCGGAGUUCACAGCUCUAUACGGGGACGGGGCCCUGGAGGAGGCGCGGAGUCUGCGGGAGGGGAACUGGGCCUCAGUGAGGACAGUGCUGACAGGGGCCGUGGCACUGGGGGCCCUGGUAACUGUAGGGGCCUUUUUUGCUAGCAAGUGAGAAAGUCCAGGGCCAAGUGGGCCAGGUGUGGCUGGGGGACAGCAGAGCAGGGACAGAACAGAGAAAUGCCCUUGAAAGACGUGGGGUGAAUAGAUAGGCAUGGCACGGGGAUGGGAAGGGGCAGGGUACUGUGUGAGGGAGCUGAGUGUGCCAGGCAGGUGGUUGGAAGAGUGAGCUGGAGACCUUGGGGAAUGUAUUUGGAAAGUCAGGAGGCCAGGAGAUGGAGUCAUUCCAGGGUUGGGGGCAGGGUGGGAGGGAUCAUGCCUGUAGGUGCAGGCACAGGCAACUAUAGUUGGAGCUUGGUUUGCAGCCCUGAGGAAGGUGGACUCGCAUAAGGAGUUGGCGUCUCCAUUGGAUGAAUGGGAUUUGGGGAAAACACAGAAGGCACAUCCCUUUGAAUGGAAGCUCAGUUUCUCAGGUGAUAGGGAGAGGUGACUGUGACAGUGGGCUGUUCAGACACGCGUGUGCAUGUGCACGCGUGCUCAUGUGCAUGCUGGGCUGCUUGUCUAAUCUGGUGGCGGUGGAAUACAUCAAAGAGAAAACAUUCCCUCUUGCAGUGGCAAGAACAGGGGCAGUUCUCUGCCCCCCCCCCCACCUCCCUUUUCCAAAACCUCCUCUCUCCUCCCUUUGUCCUAGUGACUCAAGGCUGAGGGAGAAACACUGUAUCUAGACUAGGGCUUUGGGCACUUCUCUGCAGAAAGUCGUUAGCAGGGCUUUGGAGAGAAGAGCAGUUCUGUAGCUGGCCUUGUUCCUUCAUGGUCCCCCUUCCUUGUGCAUCACGCACUUGCUGCUGCCUCCUGGGCUCUGACAGAAAGGCAGGGCUGCGGAGCCUGCAGUGGGUAGAGGCUUUGGUAGGGGGACCUGCCUGCCACCCUUCUCUCCCACUGGGGCACACUGGUGCCUAAAGUGUUCCCUAUCUCUGGGACCUUUUAUACCCAAACUUAAACUCUAAAUUGGGGCUCGAAUUAAUUUUCCUUUGGAGUGUGUGGACAUAAAUGCUGAUCUAGAAUACAUUCUGGGUCCUGCACUGUGUCUCAGUGAGACUAUAGAUGCCUUGAGAGGAACAUUCCAGCUCUGAACCCCAUGGGUGUGAGGGUGACGUGUACUCUGUGACCUGUUCUGUGUGGUGGGCUUUGGUGCUGCUUUAUCAAGGGCCAGGUGUAUGGGUUCUAGAGUACCUACCAUGAUCUGGAAGCAUUUAUAUUUUCUUUGGAGCCACGCUGUUUGCAUGGGUGUUACUUGUCUGUACCUCAGAGUCUGAGGAUGUUAACUUUAGAGCUCACAGUCCUCUAGAACAGAUUCAGAUUAUAACUUUUUCUUUUAAGAAAUGAUUUCACUCCAGAUGCAUGCCCUGAGCCAGACCUCACUGCUGCACUUUCCAAGGUGCUAAAAUUGCUGCUCUCCAAUGCUGACUUCUUCAGACAACAGUGCUCUAGAACCCUGCCCAUGAUCCUGAGCACUGCUUAGCUUGACCAUGGUUGACUCUUUUUGGAGAUUUUCACUUGGUCCCAGAAGGUGGCAACGUAGUUGUACUCACUAGAAUGUGGGACCAAAAUUGGCCUCAGGUGUUUAGCCCAGACUUUUGCUUUUGAGAGAGGGCUGCACUUUUUAAUGGUAUUUAUGGGGGAGGUGGUAGGCUGCAUGUGCCACUUGGUCUGUUGUGAGUAUGCUGAUACCAGAAACUCAGAGCUGCUCUGUGGCAGGCAGUUGGGGUGGGGGGGUCUCUGACUUGCUCAGGACAAACUAGGCCAGUGGUUUUUAAACUGCUUGGCAGAGCCCCGAAGUUUCCUAGGGGUUGCCUCAGGAGUCCUUGAGGGGAGAUGAAGGUGGGGGAAUGAGCAGGCUGGGCUACUUGCCCUCAAACAGAACAGCUCCCCUUGUAGCUGUCUUACAUAUCGGGGUUCAGGGUAAGAUUUUAUUUGCAUUAAGGGGUUUGCUGCUGAAAAAAAGUUGGAAAACCACUGACUAGACCAUCAGCUCCUAUUGGAGCCUGUGCUGCCCCAGGUUUGGGGCAGACUCAUCACCCUACCCUCUACCACAGGACGCCUAUCCCUGUUAGCUCUUUUGGGGGGCCCUUUAGCAAACAGGAAGCAGGGCCUAUGGUUACCAAAAUGCCCUGCUCUGAGGCCUUCACACCGGGUGGAAGGAGAGGCUGUUUUCUGAAAGUGUAAAGGGCACGGUCUGGAUUCCCAGAAGCAUAGCUUGGAUGGGACCACAGUGGGCUAUUUUGAACUAUCCUUCCCUUCUUAGCUUGAGGGGCAAUGGAAACCCCAGAGACUCUUCUGUCAGGGAAAAGUGGAGACUCUCUUCUAGAGCCAUAUAGUUCCUUGGGAUUAGCUCUUGGCCAGGAAGGCUGAGUAUGGCUCCCAAUUUUUAAAUCUAUUUCAUUUUUUUAAAAUAAGGGAAAUAAAUCUAGUUGUCAUUUUCAGAGAUUAAAUAGGUGGAGAGGGUGUUUCUUGCUCUCCAGAGCCCAAAGGGACAAAUAAGGACUUGCUUAGGUCAAGGAAGGAGCAGAAGUAGGGCAACUGGGUCCUGCAAUUAUUAAUCCCAUUCCCCACUUAUUCUAGGGCAUACACUAUUUUACUUUUUUAAAUCAUAAAAUGGCGGGAGAACAGAUUUGGUUAGUUUAGAAGAAAAGAAAAAGCUCUAUAAAUAUAAAUAUAUAUUCCUGUAUUUUUAUUUAAUAAUUUAUAAAUACCAAGUUCAUUUGACUUUUAUUUUUGUGUAAUAUGUAAUGGUCGUAUUAAAAAAUAAAUAAAGCCCAGAAGUUUAAUGAGAAGGACUGAGCAGGGUUUGUGACUUCUACACUGUAUAUAGCCUGGGGUCAAGACAUUUCUUGAUCCAAUCAUCUCUUCAUGACCUUGUUAAGGGCAAGAAUUAAAGAGUAACAGAGAUUUUGGAAAGUGGAAAGUGUUAAGAUAAAAUAAAUUUUUUAAAAAUCAGAGUUGUUCCCCUAUCCCCCUACGCCGGUCAAAUGCCCAAAGCCAAGAACUCCAUCUGUGCCCCAAGUCUUAAGAGGGUGUGUGUAUAUGGAUGGUACUUAGGGAUGGCCUCAAACAAAAAACAAAAGAAAACCUACUAAAAAUCUUUGUGUGAUGGUAAUCAAGUCCCCAGUUGUGGUUCAACCUCUAAUCAGGAAUGUGUGAUAAUGAGCAUUUCUCUCUUCCCAAUACCCUGCUGCCUACUUCAGACUUAAAAUAAAAUCUGGCAGAAACGGAGACCCUCCUUCCUUUCCUGGUCCCCUGAGACAUUUGGUUGCAAGCCAUUUUAAUGCAAAUUUCUAAGUUGGAUGGAAACUACGGGAGUUACUCAGCCCAUCUCUCUGUACUUCUGGUCUAGGACCACAUCAAAAUCAUGUCUGACAGAAAUAGUCAUCCUAAUUUUAAAUUACAAACAGGAAUUUCUAGUCUUUCUGUAAUCCAGUGCAAUAAAAUGGUGUUUGGGUUUGUGUUAAA